AUGGUUACUAGUGAUGCUUCAUGUGAAUUGCUGUCAGUUGGUAGGGAGGUACGUACAGACAUGGUUACUUGUGAUGUUUCAUGUGAAUUGCUGUCAUUUGGUAGAGAGGUACGUACAGACAUGGUUACUAGUGAUGCUUCAUGUGAAUUGCUGUCAGUUGUUAGGGAGUACGUACAGACAUGGUUACUAGUGAUGCUUCAUGUGAAUUGCUGUCAGUUGUUAGGGAGAUCGAUGCCAUUCUUACGAAAAUGGCCAGUCAAUCUUCUUUUGAAGGAACCGGAAAUGUGUUUGUUUCAUUAUUACAAACGCAGUUCUGUGAUAUGUAUGGACAGUAAUAAUUCGGACUGGUUGUACAUUGUCAAAUCAGGAAUAUGUCAAGUUAUCAAGCAGUUGAAAGAUGUCAAACCACUUUCAUGGCGUCAUCAAACUGCGGGAAAGUGCACGUUGGGUGACGACAGAAGGUAUGCUAAUAAUGGAGCAAAUACACUUCCAAAAAUAGAUACUGGUAGACAGCGCUUUCAGCCACCUUCGUUAUCCUUUGACAUGAUGUCAGACAUUUUGAAUGACCGUGUUUGGUCACGUAUCAACCCCAGCUCGCCGCGACGAAUGGCGGGUCAUGAAGACGACCAAUUAGAAAUGCCGUUAUUACAAACAGAGGACACAAUGCUUUCUGAGUUGAGUGGAGUGUCUUCAUUAAACUUUUCUGAUACCACACCAUCCAUGACGUCACCAAGGUCAUACGGCAAAUCAAACCAGGGAAGACACAACUUUGACAACAAAAAAACAGUAUUCAUACAGCUAGAUACUAUACAUGCUGGAGAAGUAUUU